AUGGAUUCUGUCUCUUUGAACCAAACUCCUGUGAACCAAACUGCUGUGAACCAAACUACUAAUACCAUUGACAAUGAUGCUGUUGAUGGAAUGCCAGGAUUGGAUAGUACUACUACAAAGAAAGGCAAACUUGCAUCUAGGAAAGUAGAUCUAAAUGUUGCUAGGGAGUUAGCUUCUGCAGUCAUCAAACAUGAUUUACCAUUUUCAUUUGUUGAGUAUGAUGGAUAUAUUUGCUUAACUGGGCACUUUGUUGAUGAGAAUUGGAAAUUGAAUAGUAAGAUACUUUGCUUUGCUAAGAUGCCCCCACCACACACAGGAGUUGAAUUAGCUGCAAAAAUAUAUGGAUUUUUGAAAGAAUGGGGAAUUGAAAGAAAGGUGUUCUCUUUGACAUUAGAUAAUGCAUCUUCCCAUAUAUUAAAUCUCAUUGUUCAAGAGGGGUUGAAAGUGGUUACUUCAGCUUUGCAUAAAAUUAGAGACUCUGUCAAAUAUGUGAAAGGUUCUGAGGGUAGGAUGAAAAAGUUUGAAGAAUGUAUAAAUGCAGUUGGUAACAUUGAUACUAGUAUUGGUUUGAGAUUGGACGUGGUUACUAGGUGGAACUCUACGUAUUUAAUGUUGGAAAGUGCUAUUAAGUAUAAAACGGCAUUUGCUUCUCUUCAAUUGAACGAUAGACAUUAUAAAUUUUGCCCUUCAAAUGAAGAAUGGAAAAGAGGUGAGAAAAUAUGUGAGUUUCUUGAGUCAUUUUAUGAGGUGACAAAUUUGAUUUCCGGUUCUUCCUAUCCUACCUCAAAUCUAUAUUUUAUGCAAGUUUGGAAGAUUGAAAGUAUGUUGAAAGAAAAUUUGCAUAAUGAAGAUGUCUUGAUAAGUGCAAUGUGUAGAAAGAUGUUUGACAAAUUUGAUAAGUAUUGGAGUGAAUAUAGUCUAGUGCUUGCAUUUGGAGCUAUUUUUGACCCAAGGAUAAAGCUUGUAUCAUUGGAGCAUUUAUAUGAGGAGGUUGAGAGUGAUCCAAUUAAAGUUCAAGAUAUGGUUUCACUUUUGAAGACAAAUUUGAACAAGCUUUUUAGUGCUUAUGCGAAUAUUAUUGCUCCACGUCCUUCCCAACCUCAAGUCACAUCUUCAAGUAUGCAAAGUGAAAGUUUAGGUAAAACUAAGGGUAAAAGAGCAUUUGAAGCAAUUAAAAAGUAUGAUAGUCGAACUGUUAAGACUAUUGGAAAGUCAGAAUUGGAAAUUUAUUUGGAGGAGCCAAAACUUGAAUAUGCAUACUAUGAGGAUUUGAACAUCUUGGAUUAUUGGAAAGAACAUACUGAAGAAAGUUCAAAUUCAAGUUAUUCAACAUCAAAUUUGUCUUGUGAAGAUUCAAAUGUUGUAAAUCUUGUUGAUGAAAAUGAAGAGGUAGAAGAAGAUGAGAAUGUUGGGAUGUUUGAAUGA